GCGUAAACAGGGGUCAGUGUGAGUCUGGCAGUGGGAGAGGGAGGUGUUGUUCGAUGUCGCCAGUGGUUUUGGCGUUUUGUCAUGUGUCUUUUGAUGGUUCAGUGAUUCGAGGUUUGUGAGUGACGUCGAGAUCAGGUGGUGAUUUCCGAUCGGUGGAUGCGUCGCGUAGUGUAGUCGUUUCCGCGGAGUGUGCCCGGGCGGAGGAGCCAAGUUUUCCCCAUGUUGAGGAGCCUGAGGUCCCUGGACGAGAAGACCCGCCAGUUUUUCCAUUCCAGCUCGGAGUCGUACAAGCGGCCGCCCUACAGCAGCUUGGGGGCGAGCUCGGGCCAGGGCGCCACGUACGACUGGAUUUUCCGGGGGUCGGGGGCGAAUAUGCCUCCUCUGGUGCGGCCUCACGACCCUUCUGCGGCGGCGGCGGCGGCGGCGGCCUACCUGAUGGGCUCUCCUGAGGGCGAUGUGAAGACCAAGCUCAAGUGCGUGCUGGUGGGCGACGGCUCCGUGGGCAAGACCUCGCUCGUCGUCUCCUACACCACCAACGGCUACCCCACGGAAUAUGUGCCCACGGCCUUCGACAACUACAACGUGGUCGUCAAUGUGGACAAUCAACCCAUCAGACUCCAGCUCUGCGACACUGCAGGACAGGUACGUUCAGAGAUUGUUCAUUGUUCAGCUUUUGUUCAAUCCUUGUUCAGUCUUUGCUUUGUCAGUGUUCUCUCGUCGUUCCCCCGCAUCAGCCGCCGCCUCGCCUGUCUCUCAUCUUCACGCUCACCUUCAGGUACUUCUGUCGGUGCUGUCGGGUGCUGUCGGGUUCUGCCUCGUGUUGUUUAG